CACACCACCCUCUUCUACUUUUCCUCUUUUUUUUUUGGUCGGCAGAGCGACAUGGUUGCUUGUCCGGGGAGCGGUCGUUGCUGCCAUGCCCGCCAUGAAUCGCGCGCCGCCCACAUGGCCGCCGGCGAGGCCCCGCAAGCCGCCGGUGCUAGCCCAGCCUCCAGGAGUCCGGCGCUGGCCUCCGUCAGGUUUCACGCACCGUCGGUGACUGCAGCUCGUCCGGAGAUCGCCGGAGCGUCGCUCGCGCGCGGUGGCCAGCAACGGUGACCAGUGAGGGACACCGCUCGCCGCCGGGUGGAGACGUACUCCUGGACGGGGGUGGCCUCGGACGGCCGUGGAGCUGCCACGGGUUACAUUACAGGAUGGAGUGGGGCUUGUUCUCGUUCUGCUCAGCAGGGUUCCUUCCUGCCUCCCGCCGCGCUUGAGCUAGCCCACUACACAGCCGGCUCCGCUGUUCUUCACCAUCAGCCAACUCCGAUCAGCUCAUUCUACUGGCCUGAAUGCAAUGGCCUCCGCCUCCGCUUGCUUGGGGCCAGGGGCCUCGUUUGGCGGCGGCGUCUGGCCGGUUUGCAUUGUGCCCUCUGGCGUGUCGUCGGAUGGGAACUAUUUUUUGGUUUAGUUAUCCUUGUUCUUCAUUUACAGUAGUAGUACCUUUUCUUACCAAUCAUGCCGGGCUGUUUGCAUUUACAGUAGUAGUACCUUUUCUUACCAAUCAUGUGCAAAUGUAAAGCCUACCAAAACUACUGGCUACUUGGCCAUAUUCUAAUGCUCGUGAUUAGAGAACGUCGGCAUCAAAAGAACAGAGGUCAGGUUAGGGCAAUUUACUAUCUUGGUGCUGCAUCCUCAACUGUGCCUUUUCUAGUUUUCAAUUCCUUGGCUGAAGUUUGUGCAAAUCAAACCAUGAUUGACACAGGUCUUUAAUAUUUUCCUCCCUGCAGAAUCUCUCUAACAAAAUCCUGCUGAAUGCCGUCAAAGCAUUCUCCCCUCUGAAGCUCCGGCUGGGCGGCUCCUUGCAAGAUAUGUUGAUAUAUGACACCGGUGACUCUGGGCAACCAUGCACUCCAUUCGUGAAGAACACGUCUGCGAUGUUCGGUUUCUCGCAAGGGCAAAAAUUAUUUUUGGGUUGAAUGCUCUGAAUGGCCGGGUCCCAAUGCCUGAUGGUUCUUUAGGGGGGCCAUGGAAUUACACGAACGCAGCUUCUUUUAUUCGCUGCACCGUCAACAAAGGCUACGAUAUCCAUGGAUGGGAGCUCGGAAAUGAACUCAGUGGUAGUGGAGUUGGAGCCCGGAUUGAUGCGGACCAAUAUGCAGCAGACGUGAUCAAUCUGAAACACAUCAUUGACAGCACCUACCAAGGCAACCCAUCAAAGCCUCUAGUACUUGCACCAGGAGGCUUCUUUGACGCAGCCUGGUUCACUGAACUCGUCAGCAAAACAAGGGCAGGUCAAAUGGAUGUGAUCACUCAUCAUAUCUAUAAUUUAGGCCCUGGUGUUGAUGACCAUCUUAUUGAGAAGAUUCUCAAUCCAUCUUACCUUGAUGGCGAGGCAAGCACAUUCAGCAAUCUUCAGGGGAUACUGAAGUCUGCAGGGACGUCCACUGUUGCCUGGGUUGGCGAAGCUGGAGGGGCUUACAACAGUGGUCACCACCUUGUAACUGAUGCAUUUGUGUUCAGCUUCUGGUAUCUGGAUCAGCUUGGGAUGUCAUCAAAGUAUGACACAAAAAGUUACUGUAGACAGACCUUGGUUGGUGGGAACUAUGGCCUGCUCAACACAACUACAUUUGAACCAAAUCCUGACUAUUACAGUGCAUUAUUAUGGCAUCGCCUCAUGGGAACCACGGUCCUCUCGGCGACAUUCAAUGGCACAAAUAAGAUCCGUACUUAUGCACAUUGCGCGAAAAAUUCGGAAGGGAUUACUCUGCUCCUGAUCAAUCUCAGUGGCAACAAUACAAACAGCAUUUACGUGACGAGCAAUGGCGCCCAGACCCAGAGUGCAAGGAAGGAGGGCAGAAGGUUUAGUCACAUUCCUGGUCUUGGUGAAGCAGCCGAACUUACAAGAGAAGAGUACCAUCUCACUCCGAAAGACGGGAACUUGCAGAGCCAACAAGUGUUACUGAAUGGCAAAGUGUUGGCAACUGACGCCAAUGGAGACAUCCCAAAGCUGGAGCCAAUGCAAGUGGAGGGAACAAAGCCCAUAACCGUGGGUCCUUACUCCAUUGUGUUUGCUCACAUCCCCAGCUUCUAUGCUCCUGCCUGUAGGUAGAUAUUUUAUAUGAUUUUUUCACCUUCUCGGUGUGAAUGCUGCUAUUGUCAUAGAUUAGAUGAUGUCUGGGUGAUCGGCGAAGCCUGUUCACCUGCACAUGAAGUAAGCUGUAAGGCUGAAAGAUUUGUGAUUUGUCAUUCAUUUAAGAAAAGAAUUGUCCAGAUAAUGGUUGAGCAAAAGGAAAGGAAAAUGAUAAUAAAUAAAGUAAAAGAGAAGAUUUUCAGUUUUGGUC